UGUACUGUCAUGGCGCAGACGAGCUGAAGCUACCGGGGCAAAUCAGGAAGAGACCGCGGCGCAGCUGGCUUUAUGCGCACGUUUCCAGCCCGCCAGCGGACUUUCCACGGGAGCACCGAGCACGGAGCUGUUCUUUUUCGAGUUUCGCCGUCGGAACGCGCCGCUCCGGGACUUGUGCGCUCGCAGUUUGGGAGUUUUGCGCCCGCCUGGAGGAGCUGUACCUGUCAGGAGUGAGCAGCAGCAGCAGCAGCAGCAGUAGCGACAAUAGCUGCAACUUCACCCCCGUGUGCACUCCUUCUCCGCGGACCGUACCCUCGUUUGACUUCUCUGAGGAGGAGAGGUUACGACCAGCCUUCCCACGCGCUUUCCUUUUCUCUUUCCUCCCCGGAUCGCAGUUUUUUAGCGGCUUUUGGACGCGUUAAUCCAUCCGUCUCGUAUCAAGUUACGCGCAGACACAGAGAGAGGAGUUCACGGUGCCCUCGCGGUGACAUUUCCACUGUCAACAGCUAACAAUUUGAGCUUUUUGGACGCUUUUUCGUGGUGUGCAUGGGGAGGAAAACGUGCCUACGCGUGUGCCACCCGCUCAGCUGAAGGAGACGGAGAGAGAGAGGGGAGAGGAGAGGAGCCGGGGCGCGCGUCUCCUCCUCCGGUUGGCGUAGAGGUUAAACAGGUGCGUUACCUGUGGCAGCCACCUGUCCAGUUCCUCUCUCUUGUCUUUCCCCCCCCAGACGAGCCAUGGCCGGCGUGGAGAAAGAGGACGACAGAGCGGAGAGGCACGCCGCGGCUCUCAACCCCGGCGUGCCCAUCAGGGGGAUCCGGAUGAAGUUCGCGGUGCUGGCGGGACUCGUGGAAGUCAAAGAAGUUUCCAACCGUGACAUAGUGGAGACGGUGUUCAACUUGUUGGUGGGCGGCCAGUUCGACCUGGAGAUGAACUUCAUAAUCCAGGAGCCGGAGAGCGUGGUGUGCAUGGUGGAGCUGCUGGACCAGUGUGAGCCCACGUGCCAGGCCGAGGUCUGGAGCAUCUUCACGGCCAUCCUCAAGAAGAGCGUCAGGAACCUCCAGGCCUGCACCCAGAUGGGCCUCAUCCAACUGGUGCUGGACCGAAUCGCCACCACAGACAGUAUGAUCGCAGAUUUGUUGGUGGACAUGUUGGGCGUCCUGGCGAGCUACAGCAUCACCGUGAAGGAGUUAAAGCUGUUCUUCAGCAAGUUGCAAGGAGAACAGGGCCAGUGGCCUCGUCACGCGGUGAAGCUCCUGUCGGUGCUCAAGUACAUGGCUCACAGAAACGGUCCAGACUCAUUCUUCAGUUUCCCAGGAAAAAACGCUGCUGCUAUAGCUCUGCCUCCCAUCGCAAAGUGGCCGUAUCAGAAUGGUUUUACAUUCCACACCUGGCUCCGCAUGGAUCCCCUCAACAACAUUAACGUGGACAAAGAUAAGCCUUAUCUGUACUGUUUCCGCACCAGUAAAGGCCUGGGCUACUCCGCACACUUCGUCGGCGGGUGUUUGAUAGUCACCUCUCUGAAGUCCAAGGGCAAAGGUUUCCAGCACUGUGUCAAAUACGACUUCAAGCCGCAAAAGUGGUACAUGGUGUCUCUGGUCCACGUCUACAACCGCUGGAAGAACUGUGAGAUCAGCUGCUACGUGAACGGGGAGCUCGCCUCUUUCGGGGACAUCUCGUGGUUUGUCAGCACCAGUGAUACGUUUGAUAAGUGCUUCCUGGGCUCCUCGGAGACGGCGGACGCCAACCGAGUGUUCUGUGGACAGAUGGGGGCCGUUUACCUGUUUUCUGAAGCGCUCAGUGCCGCUCACAUCCUCGCCGUCUAUCAGCUGGGCCCAGGCUACCAGGGCACGUUCAAGCACAAAGCUGAGAGCGACCUGCUGUUUGCGGAGCACCACAAGACCCUUCUGUACGACGGGAAGCUCUCCUCGUGUAUCGCCUUCAGCUACAACCCCAGAGCCACGGACGCACAGCUCUGCCUCGAGUCCUCGCCCAAAGAGAACGCCUCCAUCUUCGUCCACUCUCCACACGCACUAAUGCUACAGGACGUGAAGGCCGUGGUGACUCACUCGGUGCAGAGUGGGAUUCACUCGAUUGGAGGAGUGCAGGUCCUGUUCCCUCUGUUUGCACAACUCGACUUUCACCAACCGGGCACUAACCAACUGGACACAUCUGUGUGUUGCACCCUGCUGUCCUUCGUCAUGGAGCUGCUGAAGAACUCGGUGGCCAUGCAGGAGCAGGUGCUGGCGUGCAAGGGCUUCCUGGUGAUCGGGUACAGUCUGGAGAAGUCGUCGAAGCUCCACGUGACUCGUCAGGUCCUGGACAUCGUCUUGGCGUUUUCUCGGUACUUGAGUAAUUUACCCAACGGCAUCUUGCUGCUCAAACAACUGUGUGACCACAUCAUGUUCAACCCGACCAUCUGGAUCCACGCGCCCUCCAAGGUGCAGUUGACCCUGUACACGUACCUGGCGACGGAGUUCGUCAGCACAGUGACCAUCUACAACGCCAUCCGCAGGGUGGGCACGGUACUGCAGGUGAUGCACACGCUCAAGUACUACUACUGGGUCGUCAACCCGCAGGACCGGAGCGGAGUCCUGCCCAAGGGAACAGACGGUCCGAGGCCAAGUGAGAGGGACAUCUUCCACCUGAGAACCUUCCUCCUUCUGUUUGUGAAGCAGCUCAUUAUGAAAGACCACGGAGUGAAAGAAGACGAGGUCCAGAGCAUCCUGAACUACCUCCUCACGCUCCACGAGGACGACAACCUCAUGGACGUGCUGCAGCUGCUGGUCGCCUUAAUGUCCGAGAGCCCCGUGUCCAUGGCCCAGGCGUUUGACCAGAGGAACGGCAUCCGAGUCGUCUUUAAACUCCUGGCUUCUAAGAGUGAACCCAUCAGAGUGCAGAGUCUCAAAGUCCUGGGAUACUUUCUGAAAAACCUGUCACCAAAGAGGAAAGCUGAAGUCAUGCUGAGUCAUGGUCUCUUCUCGCUGCUCACCGAACGCCUGAUGCUUCACUCGCAGCAGAUCUCCAUGACGACCUACAACGUGCUGUUUGAGAUUCUUACGGAGCAGAUCUGCACUCAAGUGAACUAUAAACAGCAUCCGGACCCCGACUCGGCCGUCAAGAUCCUCAACCCGCAGAUCCUGAAGGUGAUCGCGGCGCUCCUCAAGAGCUCCGCCCCCUCCGCAGAGACCAUGGAGGUGCGCCGGGUUUUCCUGUCAGACAUGAUCAAACUCUUCAAUAACAGCCGAGAGAACCGCAGGAGUCUGCUGCAGUGCUCCGUGUGGCAGGAGUGGAUGUUGUCUUUGUGUUUCAUCAACCCCAAAAACACGGAGGAGCAGAAGAUCACGGAGAUGGUCUACGCCAUCUUCAGGAUCCUGCUGUACCACGCCAUCAAGUACGAGUGGGGCGGCUGGAGAGUCUGGGUCGACACGCUGUCCAUCACACACUCCAAGGUGGCGUUUGAGCAACACAAGGAGAGUCUGGCUCGCAUGUUCCGUCAGUACCAGAGUCAAGAAUCGUCUUCCACCAUUCGCUCCAUCUCGCUGGCCAGCCAAAGCUCCGAGACCAUGGACUUCGUCAACGGACCUCCUUCGGAAGAAACCGCCCCCUCCACUGUCAUUGAACUGACUGUAGACGGGAACUCCCAGAAUCCCCCCAGCGAAACCGCCCAGGAGGAGGCAGAAGAACGGGGGCAAACUUCUAUAACCGUGUCCAACAUUUUAGCGAGAGGCGAGGAGGACGUCAAAGCAGAAGAAGAGCCCGAAGUUGUACCCGUCGUUGAGGCUCCACCAGAAGUUGAAGAAGAUAAAGAAACAUCGGUGACGGACAGCGCUGUAACCGACGAGGAGAAAUCGGAAAUUGAGAAAGUCGAGUCGUCAGCUUCCGUGACCGAAGACUCCGUGAAUGAAGUGGAAGCCGAGCAGCCGGUGUCUUCAGAGGAGCAAGAAGUUCACGAGAAGCAGAUCUGUGAUUCGGAAGUAGCGACGGAUAACGGCGCGACAGAAGGAGCGAACGUUGUCAGUGAGGGCUCGGCGUCUUCCGUCGGCGACCAAGCGCACGCGAGCGAUGCUGUGGAAAGCCGCGAAGAGUCAAACGCGGAAGAUGGCGUCGUGAAGGAUGAGGAAGUCGAAGAAGAGGAGAAGAAAGCUGAAGCAGAUAAAGAAGAACCCGCAGAGGAGAAAGAAGUGUCUGAUACGGAAAGUCAAAAGUUGGAUUCUCCGCAAGAGGACGUCGUAGAAGCAGCAAAAGAUGAACCCGCGGCUGAAGAAUCUUCCUCUUCGCAGCCCACAACCGCGGAAGAACAGCCAUCCACGAGCUCAGCAGCGCCAUCUACGGGAAAGGAAGAAACGGAAGAACAGGCGAGUCAACCUCCAGAGACGGUUGGAGUGACCGCAGAAGAAGACGCAUCCACCAAAACGUCUCAAGAGGAGCUACCGACUCCCAGCCCCGUCAAAAAGGAGAGCGUAGACUCAACCAGCAAGACCAAAGAGAUUAAAAUAGCCAGACUAGAUGUUUCCAAUGUGGCCUUAGACACAGAGAGACUGGAGCUGAAGGAGACGUCAACAACGAACGCGAGUCCGAGCCAGCCCGCAGCCUCGGCGCCGGACCAGCCCAGAGACGGCAGCUCCUCGGCCCCUCGCUCCACCAUGUUCCGCAUCCCGGAGUUCCGCUGGUCGCACAUGCACCAGCGCCUCCUCACAGACCUGCUCUUCUCCAUCGAGACGGACGUCCAGAUGUGGAGAAGUCACUCCACAAAGACGGUCCUGGACUUCGUGAACAGCAGUGAGAACGUGGUGUUUGUGCACAACAGCAUUCACCUCAUUUCUCAGGUGGUGGACAACCUCAUCAUGGCCUGUGGAGGAAUCCUGCCCCUGCUGUCGGCCGCCACCUCCUCCUCGCAUGAGUUGGAGAACAUUGAGCCGUCCCAGGGCCUGGCUUUGGAGGCUUCAGUCACGUAUCUCCAGCGCCUGGUGGGUCUGGCGGACGUCCUGGUGUUCGCGAGCUCCCUGAACUUCACCGAGAUCGAAGCGGAGAAGAACAUGGCGUCCGGAGGCAUCCUGCGACAGUGCCUCCGACUGGUGUGCGCGAUGGCCGUGAGGAACUGUCUGGAAUGUCAACAGGCUCACGUCAAACAGAACAAAGAGGCGGCAGCUCGCACGGCCACGGUCCUGGGAACGUCCAAGUCUGCAACUGCACAGAGUCCGGUGGACGCAGUGACCGGUGGAAUGUCCCCCAUCAGAGACCUGGACAGACUCCUGCAGGACAUGGACAUCAACCGCCUCCGAGCCGUGGUCUUCAGAGACAUAGAGGACAGUAAGCAGGCGCAGUUCUUGGCUCUGGCCGUGGUCUACUUCAUCUCCGUGCUGAUGGUGUCGAAGUACCGAGACAUCCUGGAGCCCCACCACGACAGGAAGGGCCCCCGAAGGUCCCAGUCUGCGAGAAGCACAGACAGUGGAUCGGUGGCGGGCGGCGCGGAGGUAGAAAACGGCGUCUCCCUGCGGCGUUACGACUCCGGCAUCGGCGAAGACCACGCGUCCGCCGCCCCCAGCGAGGCCGAGCUCUCCUCCGCCUCCUCGUCCGCCGCCCACGGACCCGACGCCGUCUCCGAAGCCCUGUCCACCCUGUCCACGGAGGUCAAACCCUCGGCGCCCGCGGAAGGAAAGGGCAAGAACGUGAAGGACAUCCUGCGCAGCCUGGUGAGCGCGCCCGCCGACGACCUCAGCGUGGACCCCAGCCUCCUGCCCCCGGCGUUUCUGGGAGUGGGAGACGUGCCCCGAGACCCGACGCAGUUCAGGUCCUUCGACAGAAGCGUCGUCGUCGCUCCAAAGAAGCCAGGACUGCCCCCGGCCCCUGCCCCCUCCGCCCCCGCUCCCGCCACCGCUCCUGCCGCCGCGGGUGCGUCCGGGGGUGCACCUCUGGAGAGCGUGUCGGUGGUAUCUGCGUCUGAAGCGUCCCAGAGCUCGGCCGCAGACCCUGCAGCUGUGGUCCAGGAUCCAGGCGGCGCGACUCUGCCAUCUGUCCCCCCUCUGUCCCCUGUGACCCAGAACACCACCCCCAGUAUGAGCAUUUCAGAGCGUCUGGAGCACGCGUUGGAGAAAGCCGCUCCGUUGCUCAGGGAAAUCUUCGUGGACUUCGCUCCGUUCUUGUCCAGGACUUUACUGGGAAGUCACGGACAGGAGCUGCUCAUCGAGGGAACGAGUCUGGCGUGUAUGAAGUCCAGCAGCUCUGUGGUGGAGCUGGUCAUGCUCCUGUGCUCUCAGGAAUGGCAGAACUCGAUCCAGAAGAACGCGGGUCUGGCCUUCAUCGAGCUGGUGAACGAGGGCAGGCUGCUGAGUCACACCAUGAAGGAUCACCUGGUCCGAGUCGCAAACGAAGCGGAGUUCAUCCUGAGCCGACAGAGAGCGGAAGACAUCCACAAACACGCCGAGUUUGAGUCCCACUGCGCCCAGUACUCGGCCGAGAAGCGCGAGGAGGAGAAAAUGUGCGACCACCUGAUCCGCGCCGCCAAAUACCGCGACCACGUGACCUCCACGCAGCUCAUCCAGAAGAUCGUCAACAUCCUCACGGACAAACACGGGGCCUGGGGCAGCUCCGCCAAGAGCCGUCCGAGGGAUUUCUGGCGCCUCGACUACUGGGAGGACGAUUUAAGGAGGAGACGACGGUUCGCGAGAAACCCUCUCGGAUCCACGCACUCCGAGGCCACGCUGAGGGCCGCCACGGAGCACGCCUCGGAGGAGGAUGUUCUGAAGACUCAGCAGUCCAUCCGCGGCCAGGCCCUGGGGCCCCAGAGCAGCGAGAGCGAGGCCCUGGACGGAGACGAGGACACACUGUCCUCUCUGGACGACAAAGAGCUGGACAAUGUCUCAGGCCCCGUGAACCUGAGCACCUCUGCGCAUCUGGUGGCCCCCGCGGUGGUGGUCAGAGGCACUCUGUCCGUGACCGCCUCGGAGCUUUUCUUCGAAGUGGACGAUGAGGAGCCGAACUUCAAGGCCCUGGACCCCAAGAUUUUGGCCUACACUGAAGGUCUCCAUGGAAAGUGGCUGUUCACCGAGAUCCGAGCGGUUUUCUCCAGACGAUACCUGCUGCAAAACACCGCUCUGGAAAUCUUCAUGGCCAACAGAACGGCCGUCAUGUUCAACUUCCCCGACGCGGCCACGGUCAAGAAGGUGGUGAACAGUCUUCCUCGAGUCGGCGUGGGAACCAACUUUGGCCUCCCACAAACCAGGCGGAUUUCUCUGGCCACGCCAAAGCAGCUCUUCAAGGCGUCCAGCAUGACCCAGCGCUGGCAACGGAGGGAGAUUUCCAACUUCGAGUACCUCAUCUUCCUCAACACGAUUUCAGGCCGCAGCUACAACGACUUAAACCAGUACCCCGUCUUCCCCUGGGUCAUCACCAACUACGACUCCGAAGAGCUGGACCUGACUCUGCCCAGCAACUUCAGAGAUCUGUCCAAGCCCAUUGGAGCGCUCAACCCCAAAAGAGCAGCCUUCUUCUCCGACCGCUAUGAAUCCUGGGAGGACGAGCAGGUGCCCAAGUUUCACUACGGCACACACUACUCUACGUCCAGCUUUACUCUCAUGUGGCUGCUCAGAAUCGAGCCCUUCACCACGUUCUUCCUGAACUUCCAAGGAGGAAAGUUCGAUCACGCCGACCGCACCUUCUCCUCCGUGUCCAGAGCCUGGAGGAACUGUCAGAGGGACACGUCUGAUGUGAAGGAGCUGAUCCCAGAGUUCUUCUACCUGCCUGAGAUGUUCGUGAAUGCAAACCGCUACAGCCUGGGCGUGAUGGAGGACGGGGCGGUGGUCUCGGACGUGGAGCUGCCCCCGUGGGCCAAAACGCCAGAAGAGUUCGUCCGCCUCAACCGCCUGGCCCUGGAGAGCGAGUUCGUGUCGUGCCAGCUUCACCAGUGGAUCGAUCUGAUUUUCGGGUACAAACAGCAGGGUCCUGAAGCCGCCAGAGCCCUCAACGUGUUCUACUACCUGACCUACGAGGGAGCCGUGAACCUGAGCUCCAUCAGUGACCCCAUGCUCCGAGAGGCCGUGGAGUCUCAGAUCCGGAGCUUUGGACAGACCCCGGGCCAGCUCCUCAUCGAGCCUCACCCUCCGCGCAGCUCCGCCAUGCAGGUGACCCCGCUCAUGUUCACGGAGCAGAUGCAGCAGGACGUGAUCAUGGUCCUCAAGUUUCCGUCCAACUCGCCGGUGGCUCACGUGGCGGCGAACACGCAGAGCGGCCUGAGCGCGCCCGCCAUCAUCACCGUCACCGCCAGCCGUCUGUUCGCCGUCAACAAGUGGCACGGGCUCGCAGCUCAUCAGGGCUCCUCCUCCCAGGACCAGCACUACCAACUGCCCGUAGAAAUCGACCCUCUCAUCGCCAGUAACGUGGGCGUCCAUCGACGUCAGAUCUCAGACCUUCUGGACCAGAGCAUCCAGAUCAGCUCUCAGUGCUUCAUCAUCACCGCAGACAACCGCUUCAUCCUCCUCUGCGGCUUCUGGGACAAGAGCUUCAGAGUCUACUCCACCGACACAGGAAAGUUGACCCAGAUCGUGUUCGGGCACUGGGACGUGGUGACGUGUCUCGCCCGCUCCGAGUCGUACAUCGGGGGCGACUGUUACGUCCUGUCGGGCUCCAGGGACGCCACGCUGCUCCUGUGGUACUGGAACGGCAAAACCUGCAGCAUCGGGGAGGGAUCGGCCACGGAGUUUACGAUGCCCCGCGCCAUCCUGACCGGGCACGACUGUGAGGUGACCUGUGCCAGUGUGUGUGCAGAGCUGGGCCUGGUCAUCAGCGGCUGCAAAGAGGGCCCGUGUCUGAUCCACUCCAUGAACGGGGACCUGCUGAGGACCCUGGAGGCCCCGGAGUCGUGUGAGCGCCCCCGUCUGGUGCAGGCGUCUUCUGAAGGACACUGUGUGGUUUAUUAUGAGCGAGGCCUCUUCUGCGUGUUCAGCGUCAACGGGAAACUGCAGGGACACAUGCAGGUGGACGACGGCAUCAAGGCGAUGUUGUUGAGUCGGGAUGGGCAGUACCUGCUGAUGGGAGGAGACGGGGGGGUGGUGUCCGUGUGGCAGCUCCACAACCUCAAACAGCUGUUCACGUACCCGGCCUGCGACGCCGGCAUCCGCUCCAUGGCCAUGUCCCACGACCAAAGGUGCAUCAUCACGGGCAUGGCGUCCGGCAGCAUCGUCCUCUUCUACAACGACUUCAACCGCUGGCACCACGAGUACCAGACGCGAUACUGACCCCUGCCUUCGCCCCCCCGGCACUGCGCCCCUCUGCAUAUCGGAUCUGAAUGUAUCUCUGUCCUGCUCUAGACGAAACCAACUAUUUUUAAAAAAGGGCGUUGCUAUUUUGUAGAUCAGAUACUAGAAUAUAGAAGUUUUUCAUAUCAAUCAUUGGGUGAGGGUUGUGUUACUGUACGCUUAAAAAUCAAAUAUAUUUUUAGCUGUUAAGAGUCUAUUUUCCUCUAAGGGGCGCUAGUGAGUGUUUUCGAGUGAUUCUUUUGUCCUGCGUCUGGGAAAAUGUCUGUUUCAUAGUUUGUUUUGAGAAUAAAUACGAAUUAAAUUUAUGAAGAGAGAUUAUACGUACUUCUGUCACUUAAAGAGGGGGUAUUUUUUUAGCUUUCUACCGCGUUAUAACAUCAUUUCCUCGUCAAAAACACGCCCGAAGAGUUUGUAAACGUCUUCUGAGCGUGUUUGAGUCAUUUAGCGAUCUGUCCCGGGUCGUAUUUGAGCUCACUUUGCGCUCACCCAUGCGAAAAUCCUCCAUAAAUAUACAAAACUGUACACUACAACUUCACAAACCUGACGCGAUGUGAGGUAGUUUCACGCACGCGGAUCGUGUAGUGAUUUAAAGGUGCAUUGUGUAACUUUUCCGGUGGAGGGUCCGUCACUUUUGAGCUAUAAAAGCGCCUGUAAUCGAAUAAAUGUCAAGUAGAGCUGUUUAAAGUCACACCGUGGAACAUUUCGGGCAGAGCAACGAGCCCACAGAAGUAAAAUACCCUCUCUUUAACAAAAAAAAUCAAUGUAACCAGUCAUAUUUAACUACACUUUUCUGUUUUUUGUGUUGUUUUUUUUUGCUUGGUUCAUUCUUAAAAGUCUUAAAAACAUGUGAAGCUUUAUUUAAAAAACAAAAACAAAAAAAAAAGGACUACGACGUUUUCUUCCAACGUGACUGAAAUGCAAAUCUACACCUACAUUUAAUCUGUUCACUUACGUUUAAUCAACAUUAUGUCGUUUUGUUAUAGUCGUCCUGUUUCCAUAGCAACCACGAAACAUCCCGUGCAAUGUCGGAAAGGGCUUCACCGUUUCUCGAGUGAAAUUUAGCGCGAAAAUAUUAAGUUUUAUUUGAAGACAUUCCUUUUUGCUCUUUGAUGUGGUUUGAAAAAAAAAAUGCUGUUGUUUGUUUGAUUGAUUGAUUUUUUUUUUUUUUUUUUGCGCAAUCACGUUGACUGUUCGGUUGUGUGUUCUGAAAUUAAAAUGGAUUUUAUAACUUGA